GUUGUUGCCGCCAUAGGUGGAGGUUGCAUGGGAGCGUGUUCGGAUUAAAGCUGUGAUCAUCAGCGGCUCCCACCGGCCGCGCCGGUCAGCGUGACGCACAGGAAAGUGGAGGCGCACCGCGGCUGGAGUCACAUUGGAUAAGAGCCAGUGACAGCGGAGGGAUCACCAAGUUGAGAUGCUGUGAGAGCUUUGUGGUGUGUGUGUGUGUGUGUCUGAGAGACAGAGGAGGAGGAAGAGGAGGAGGAGGAUGCUCCUGUCUCGCAGUUGUUUUUUCUGUGUGAUAACUUUGGACUGAAAACAACGCCAAGGAGCGCGCUCGUGUGUCUGGGAUGUAUUUCUUUGGACUGCAAUCAGAGAAAAAAGGUCAAGUGGACGCAGUUUGAGGCUGUGGAGAGAUUUGUGCGCGAGGAGAGGCGCGGAACAAAGCGUGCGCCAGGCUGAAUCCCCAACACAAAUCUGGGUAAACAAAUAUGACGGCCGAUUUUGACGUUGUCUCGCGUCUGCUGAUGAUCCAAGACAUCGCUGGUAGAAUUACAAACCUCGGGUGAAUUCUGGAGUGUGAUUAAGAGAUUUUUAAUUUCGGGGGGACCUAAUCCAGGUGGCGCAUCUAUCUCCCCGGCUGCGCGUAAUGGGAGAAAAGUUUCGGACCUUGCAGAGGAGACGCACUCGCAGCAUCCCGCCGACGACGCGCUUCUGAAUAUCAUGUGAAUCCCGCUCUUCAGUCCGCCUCAGACCAAGUUUGAAAGUGAAUCUCAGCCUUUCAGCAUGACUUGAAACAGCAGUGGGGUUACCGGAACUCGCAUGAAGCCAGUUAACGAUCCAUGAACCGCCGAACCGAUUUGUCCAAAGACGCGCAGACGGACAUUAAUGAUCUAACGAGGAUUUCUGCAGCAGCAGCAGCAGCAGCAGCAGUACUGAGAGCCUGAUCCCAGUGAGAGUAAGAGAGAGAGAGAGAGAGAUCCCCCCUGGAUGUCUAUGAUGUUGUGCCAGCUCGGGCAGAGGUGUGUGAUGGAGGUGGUGGUGCUGACCAUCCUGUCCUGGGUGUCCGUGUGGGCAGAGGAGAAGAUCAUAUUUGACAGACACGCUGUCUACUGGAACAGCUCCAACCCCAAGUUCUGGCACGGAGAGUACAGGGUGGCAGUGAACAUUAACGACUAUCUGGACAUCUACUGUCCUUACUACGAGGGUCCUCCGUCCCACGGGCGCAUGGAGCGCUACAUCCUGUUUAUGGUCAAUCACGAGGGCUACACUUCCUGCCAGCACAGGAUGCGUGGCUUCAAGCGCUGGGAGUGCAACCGUCCCAGUGGUCCCGAUGGACCCCUGCGCUUCUCAGAGAAGUUCCAGCUCUUCACUCCUUUCUCCCUGGGCUUUGAGUUCAGGCCUGGACACGAGUACUACUACAUCUCGUCUCCUCACCCAAACCAUGUGGGGCGAGCAUGUCUAAAGCUGAAGGUGUAUGUCAGACCUCCAGAUGGGUCGGGAUACGAUUCUCCGGAGCCCUUCCUGACUGAUGGAGGUCCAAGCUGGAGGCCAGGGUCCGUGGCCCUGUUAGCUGUUCUGGCCUCACUGCUCCUGGGACUCUUCUCCUGGGUGUGACCCCUCUCCCCCUCCUCCUGGAGCUCCCACCCAGGGUCGCUGGGCUGGGCUGGCUGUCCCUCUAAAUCCACCACCCCUCAGGGAAGCCCUCUGUCUCCGUCCCCUCCCCCUCCCCCCUCUCUCUCCCACCUCCACCUCUAUACAGCCACCAACCACCCCCACUGCCAGCCCCCUCCAUGGCCCAGCCACGGACACCCUUCCCAGGCCGGGCUGAGAGGGUUGUGGUUAGCUGUUUGGCAAGCUGCGCUUCAUCUCUGAUCCCUGAAUUCUGGGUGGAACAGCACCUCUCAGCUGAAAAACACAAGGGAAAUGUCUCUGCACUCAUAUCAGGGGGUCCUUUUGAUUUGUCUAUUGACUCUCGGCCACUGAUGGGGUAGAUGUAGCCGCGGCUAUGAUUAAACUUGUCGUUCCAGUGCAAUUCCUAUCAUCCAAUCACGGGAGGAUGCAUUAAGCGAUAGGCCUGGAUGCACAAAAAUUGGAUUUUUUCUCACAUUGCUAUCCCAUCGUCAAACCAAGAAUUGGAAGUGGCCAAGCUUGCAUUGUAAUUGGAAUUCUAUACUACCUGGACCGGCUCCAACUGCAGCGAGAAUCAGAGCGAGCGCAUAGAGAUGGGGAGGAAGGAAAGUGACCCGGCCUGUGCAGAAAAAGAAAAGGGAAAACAAUGCAGGCGCGGAUUUAAAUAAAUGCGGCCAUAUGGGAGAUGAAAUGUUAUAUGUGUUGAUAUUUUCAGAGCCAGUGUAGAUUCACAGCAAUGUGAGUUUGAUUUUUUGAUAUUAGAAGCUAAGAUAUCACGUUAUAAUGACAAGUAUAAUCAUAGCCUGUUUGAGUGGGAGGGUGGGGUGUGUGUAGGGGGGUGUUCUGGGUAGGUUUGGCGAGGUGUAUAUUUUCAGGUGGGAUGUGUUCUGUCUUAUUCAUGUUUCUAAACAAAGCAUUUAUCACAGCCUGGCCAGCACAGGCGUCUUCAGCACUGUCUAAUGUCGAGUGGGUCGGGUGACUUUUGGAACCAUGACUUUCUCAUGUAUGAAUGUACCACUAGUCACCCACCUCUUUGUCUUUCUGUAUUAUUACGACUGUGGUCACUUACAGUACCUUCUCUCGGACUGGCAGGAUGAACGGGUCGGGGGUUCGGAGGGAUGUGUUUUACAGGGGAGGGGUGCGGGCGGGCAGGAGGAAAGUGAAGUAAGGAUGAACGGAGGACAGGUGACAAAAAAGGAGGCGACACUCAAGUUGCAUGACCACUGUGAAACCUUCAGAUCAAUCUCGUUUGUAAUGAUGAUAUAUUUUUUCAUGGGGAAAAUCAGAAACACCCUGCUACCGCUCUCUUGCUCUCCCUGAGACUUUUUCAGACAUCAAAAGGAAAAUUCAGCCUCUCUCCUCACACGGUUUUCUCCUGUCUGGCUUUCGGUCGUUGAUGGAUUAGCUCGGGCCGGGAGAUAAAUGGACCCACAGGGUGAAACUGACUGGAAAUCGGCCCUCGGAGCCCAGGCCAGAUCACAAUGGACGUAAAUACUGACUGAAGCUGGUCCUGGGUGUGAGGGUUAAACCAAUAAGGGAAGCGCAUAGACUGUGGCAAGUGAGGCGAGGUGUGUGUGUGGUAGCAUCACAAGAACACACAUGCGCAUGCACAUACACACAUACACACAUAUACACACACACACACAGAGUCUUUGAUAAUGGGACGGUUCCUCUGAGAUUUUUGGGAGCAUUCAUGGACAUGACUAUAAAGGGAACAGCACAAGGAGAGAGGGAGCAGAGGAGGAGGGAGAGAAAGUUUGUGUGUAUCAUGGGACUGAGACUUCUUUAAUGUUGGGAAGCGAACAUAAUGAGCAAGCACUGUGAACACACACAGACAUACAUGCAUUUCGACCAGUGUACAGAUACACACACACUCACACGUACAGACAUAUGUAGAAAAAGCACAUGCAGACCUAGACAUUGACAAAGACAUGGCAUGCACAUACACACAUGUACAAAAACACACACACACACACACACACACACAAGGAAACACAAACAAGGGGAAGCACUUCCUUCCCUGUUUCAUCUUAUUUUUGUAGCAUUUAAAAUCACUGUUAAUUACUCCUGUGUGGGAUGCAGUGAUGGGGUAUAGCCUGUGGAAGAUUAAAAAAAUGUGUUUUCUCUUCUUCUAUUCCACUGAUGCUGUCCUUCUAUCGUUCUUCUUCUCUGGUUUGUGAUCCAUGGUUGGUAGUGGUAGGAUGCCUCCAGGUCUGAGCGUCAUGUAUGAGUUUGUCUCCUUUUCUGUUUGUGGUGUUUUUGUGGAAGCUGACCUCAGUCAUUAAGAAGUCAGUCAGUCAAAAGUAAACA